AAGAAUACAUAUAAGAGACAAGAUGUCUCGUGCUGAGGGACGAUACAAAGAUAAGCAACGCUGGUACCAUGAAAAUCGUGGAGCUGAUAGAUAUAAGGAGGACAGAAGAGCAAGGAAACCAUACCCAUGCAGUGCGAGAUCAGCAGAAGGCAUCCAGGGUGGUCAACAUGCAAGGGCUUCUACUGGUUCCUCAGACCCUUACCACAAAACCUCAGGAGCAGCGCAGGAGUACUUGGACCCACCACCGCAAUGUUAUCCUUCCAAGGAAACCUUCUCGAUGAAAUGCUCAAAGGUAUGCACGACAAGAGGCAUUUUGAAGUUUGUGGAGAUCACAGUUAACCUCCUGGUGCUGAUUUGCGUGGGGGCUGCCCAGGCCUCUGUUGCAGGCUUCACGUCCAUUGGGGGCUUGGGUAUUGGCUCCUUUAACCUGAACUCAGCCUAUAGCCCCUUUGAGGGAGCCGAGCUGCAGGAGGUGAGAGAGCUGGACAUGCAGUUCACCCAGAUGAGAGCCCCUUGCGUGUACGGCGGAGUAGCCUUCAGCUUAACGGCAGCGUCACUUACUCUCUUCUUCCUGGUGGCGGGGGCAAAACCCAUCCAGCGCCUCACCGUGGGGCUGCUUGCGGGCGAAUGUGCCUUCAGCCUGCUGGCUGGCGUCGGGUACGUCGCUGCUGUUGGCCUCUACUUGCAUUUUGUCAUCCAGGUGAACGCGACGGAGGUUUGCAAGAGGCGGGAGAGGCUGUACGCGCGCCGUGGUUAUACCUCCAUGAACUGCGCGGUCCAGGGCGGCGACGCGGCCGUCGGCCUCUUUGGUGUCGCUGCUGCCUGUUUGUACUUUGCUAGCUUCGUGGUCUGCGUCUUCGCUGUUCGGACCGUCCGGGCUUUCCGGAGCCGCGCCGCCGAGGCUCGGGGCAGCCCCGAGAGCAGCCUCAGAGACAGGAGCGUCGGAGACCACCGCAUGGUCCACAGGAGCUCCGAGAGGUCCCACGGCGUCCAGGCUCUUGCCACGUUAGUGUAAGGUCAGCUUUGGGACCGUGCCAGAGGGCAGCAGCUUUGGCGGGGGACAGUCGCUGGAUUUUAAACGCUAAACAGGCAACCCGUGCAACCGUGUGUUGUCCACGAAGGUAUCGAAUCACCAAAUGUAACGGUACUGCUAUAACACGUAAUGUAAUAAAACAGACACUUUGAGAGGAAGUUUUAACAAGGCUUUGCGUCAAGUCUCUCGAGCCCCACUCUUACGUUUAAAGUGUGUUUGGUGCCAGUGCUCUCAUCCG